AUGGACAGUAGCUGCCACAACGCGACUGCCAAAAUGUUAGCGACUGCUCCGGCCCGGGGCAACGUGAUGAACACCUCCAAACCCUUGGCUUUCUCCAUCGAAAGAAUCAUGGCACGCACCCCCGAGCCCAAAGCCCUGCCGGCCCCCCACUUCCUGCAGGGAUCCGUGCCCAAAGGGGACCCCAAGCACUCGCUGCAUCUUAACUCGUCGAUCCCCUGCAUGAUCCCCUUCGUGCCUGUGGCGUACGACACGAACCCGAAGGCAGGGGUGACGGGCUCGGAGCCCCGGAAGGCGAGUCUCGAGGCUCCGGAGGCCCCGGCCUCAGCACCCGCGGCGCCCGCGUUCAGCUGCAGCGACCUGCUCAACUGCGCGCUGAGUCUCAAGAGUGACCUGGCCCGCGACGCGCUGCCGCUGCAGCAGUACAAGCUGGUAAGGCCGCGGGUGGUCAACCAUUCCUCCUUCCACGCCAUGGGCGCCCUGUGCUACCUGAACCGAGGUGACGGCCCGUGCCACCCGGCGGCCGGCGUCAACAUCCACCCGGUGGCCUCCUACUUCCUCAGUUCCCCUUUGCACCCGCAGCCAAAAACGUAUUUAGCCGAAAGGAAUAAACUGGUGGUCCCGGCAGUGGAGAAGUACCCCUCGGGAGUAGCUUUCAAAGACUUGUCUCAGGCUCAGCUGCAGCACUAUAUGAAAGAAAGCGCCCAACUUCUGUCGGAAAAAAUAGCAUUCAAAACCUCUGAUUUCAGCCGAGGCUCUCCUAACACCAAGCCCAAAGUUUUCACUUGCGAAGUGUGUGGAAAGGUCUUUAACGCGCACUAUAACUUAACCCGUCACAUGCCGGUGCACACAGGAGCCAGGCCCUUCGUUUGCAAAGUGUGUGGAAAGGGCUUCCGGCAAGCCAGCACCCUGUGCAGACACAAGAUCAUCCACACCCAGGAAAAACCCCAUAAAUGUAACCAGUGUGGCAAAGCGUUUAAUAGAAGUUCUACUUUAAACACGCAUACCCGAAUACACGCAGGCUACAAACCGUUUGUGUGUGAAUUCUGUGGCAAAGGAUUUCAUCAAAAAGGAAAUUACAAAAACCACAAGCUGACCCACAGCGGGGAGAAGCAGUUCAAGUGCAAUAUUUGCAACAAGGCUUUCCACCAGGUUUACAACCUCACGUUCCACAUGCACACCCACAAUGACAAGAAGCCCUUCACCUGCCCCACGUGCGGCAAGGGCUUCUGCCGGAACUUUGACCUCAAGAAGCACGUCCGGAAGCUACACGACAGCGGCCUGGGUCUGCCGCGCCCGUCGGCUGGGGAGCCAGGUGCGGACCCGUCGCCCCCUCUCCAGCCGCCGCCGCCGCCCGCGACGCUGCCGCCUCUGCCGCCGCCGCUGCCGCCCCCGGGGCCCCUGCAGCCUGGGCUCCAUCCGGGCCACCAGUGA